CCUGUUGCAACUUGUUUAAGAAAACCUUCAUCAUGGACGAUAUCCUCCAGGACACAAUAGCUCUCUUUGGCGAAGAACCUCAGGAUGACGGACACAUUCAUUAUGGACGGCUCGAUUUAACGACAGCACCGAAGGAGGGCAAGGCCAACACUCUACUAGCAGAUCAUCUCUUCUCGCCGUCCCUGCUCCUUGGCGAACAUAUAGAACGCGGCUUGAUACCAGUCGCUGGACGCACCGUAAUUGAGCUGGGCGCAGGAUGCGCCCUUCCGUCACUGUUGUGCAGUACCCUGAGUGAACCGCCAGCGCUAGUGGUUAUCACCGAUUAUCCUGAUGACACAAUAAUGGUCAACUUGAAGGAAAAUAUCGCCAGAAACCGUGAGCAAGUAGCGCCCGGUUGCAAUGUCCAGUGCUUUGGAUAUGAAUGGGGGAAGGAUGUCUCCACACUUUUGUCACUAGUUCCGCAAAACAAUGGAUACGACAUCGUCAUAUUAUCCGAUUUACUCCAUUUUGAUCGCUCGCAUGACGUUCUAAUUUCCUCACUGACGUCCUUGCUGCGCAAAUCAUCCUCUGCUCGCACAUACGUUGCCGCAGGAAAAUAUACCCUACCUCACGUUUGCGACCACUUUCUGCGAGAAGCAGAGGAAGCGGGGAUUGCCUUGGCAGAAGGCGAAGAUGAUCCUGUAUGGCGAGGCGACUUAGAAGUAAAAGGCGGCGGACUAGACCGAGAGCAGCUUGGCAUACGCAAGAGUAUGUGCAGGUGGUGGGUUGGUCGAUGGGCGGAGGAAAAGACGCCGAGCUGAGCAAUCGAAUAUCAAUCAUUGUUUGCAAUGUAUCUCAAAUGCUGAAACUAUGCUCCUCAAAGCGAGGAUUGUAGAAGAUGUUAUCCAGGGAUACGAGAUGCAUGCAUUCUGCAGGUGCAGGUGCGGGUGCUGUGCAUGCUCAUGCUGUAAUGAACUUCUCGUGAGAGCAUGCGGUUGUAUUUCAAAGAAGGCGAUGCCCUGCUUAGACCCUGUUCGCAAGUACUCGCUGAGCAAGGGAGGUUUUGAUGUAGCGAGCUUUUGAGACCACAGCCGUGGCAAACGUGCGAGAAUAACAUGCCUCGUCUUUG